AUGGUCCUUGGCUGCUGGUCCAGCGACGCCAUGGUCGACUGGCCGACUCUCACCGGAUCGCUGAUUGUGGCUCUGCUGACAUUGGCCCGGCGCACGACGCAUGGGCACCAAAACAUCCGAGUGGUGCGCUUCCAGCGCCUGGUGGUGUCGGUGACCACGGAUCCCGACUCCGGGCUGGCCUGUGCCCUCUUCGCGGAUGACGACGACUUCGAUCCUGCGCUGGAUGCCGAGCACGACCGGUCGCUCUUGGUGCCGGGCCCGACGACCGGGGGGGAUGUCCCCUCGGCCGGGCCGAAUCGGCCGUACCCGGCCCCCUCCGGGCUCCAGCCGGAGUCCCAGCUGUCCGAGGAUGAGGCCGACAUUUAUGCCGAGACGGCGGCCGCCAGCAGCCGGUAUGCGGCCCGACGCGGGUCGGCCGCCACCGAGGGGUCGGUCGAUCCGGGGCCGGUUGCCGGGGCCGGGCCCGGGGCCGGGGCCGGCGCGGCGCCCGAGGCGAAUGCCUCGGCGCCUGCCCUUGCCGGUCCGGAAGCGGCCGACCUCCUGGCACCCCUUGCCGGCGGCCCGGGUGCUCAUCACCUGGGCCUGCCCUUCCACAGUUAUCUGCUGAACUCGGCCACCCCGCUGACUGCGCCCGAACACUUUUCGGCGCUGCCGCCGCGGUGCCAUGCGCAGCCAUUCAGCCUGCUGGCGCGCUCCUUCCUGGCCAACUUCGUGGCUCGCUUCGCAAAGGGCGGCCCGGAUGCCACUGAUGGCUUUUCUGCUGUCAACCUGCGUGUGUUCAAUGCCUUCGAUCAGGACAUUCGCGCGUCCAUCAUGAGUGCCAUGUACACGGCGGUCACCGAGCUCUACGAUGCAGCACCUAUCCUGGAUAAUGUGCUCCUCUUCCACCAUGGGCGGAUUGCACACAUCGCCCGGGCCAGCGGGUCCCCCGGGGCCGGGGGCAAUUCCAAUGCCCCGCCGCUCGAUGUCAUGGCCAUUGAAGCCAACCUGGGCGCCGCGGUUUCGGCGGCGGACGACGUCCUGAAUGCCCUUGGAAAUGAUUCGACCGAUCUCUUGUCAUUCAGCCUGAAUGGCAUCGGCCGGCCUGGGGCCGGCCCCGGGCAUGCCGGGCCCUUCGGCUCGCCUGCCGGUGGCCUGCACAGUGGGCCCGGGCCAUCUGAUCACCAUCAGCACCACCAGCACCACUCGACGGCCGCCGAUUCGGUCGCCCUUUCGUCGCCUGCUGCCGCGUAUUUGGGCGCGGCCGCGGCGGCCAGCCAGCAUGCACGCGAUCUGCCGGGCACGGCUUCCGGCAUCGGGGCCGGGCCGCGCCUGCACUCGGCCUACCUAGGCCAGAGCGGCCCCAUGAGUCCGGGCGGCCCGGAGCCGGCCCGACUGGCUGGCUUGCCAACGUCGUCGGGACUUCAGACCGCGACAGUCGCCGCGGCCGCCGCUCGGUCCCACUCCAGCCCGGCUAGCAUUGGCGCCGGCGCCGGAAGCAAGCCCCCUGAGCAGCACUCGCAGCAGCAGCAGCAGCAGCAGCAGCAGCAGCAGCAGCAGCAGCAGCAGUAUCCCGGAGCACCGGCCUUCGUGGCCGAUUGGCGCAGCGGGCAGCCCCCGCGGCCACGGGGAGACGGCGCUGGUGGGCCCGGGGGCUCGGCCAUGCCUGCUCCUGGCUCCUCGGGCCCAGCCGGCCUCGGGCACCACCAGCCUUCGCGGCGGUCGCCGCUGGCGCCCGGGGGGUCGCACGGCCCGGCGCCUCCCUCCUCCACAUGGAGCACCCUCGAGACCGGGGCCCGGGUGUGGGUGGGCUCGGCCCGGCGGCCUUUCACCCUGGUGGCCCUGCUGCUGCAGUCGCAAUCCGGCGAGUCCUUCGAUCCGCGGCAGGUCCUGCUGGUCAUCCGGGCCACUCUGACCCUGUUGCGGCAACUUUCCGGCAUCCUUUCCAACAUUGGCGAUGUGUGAGCACCGUCCGCCCCGGCGCGGCUGGCCGGGGCCAAUAAGACGCACAUUUUCGAGA